CAUUUUCACCUUUAACGCAGCUAGGUCGUCGACCAAAAGCGCAUAUUCCUUCAACCGAAGACAGUUGAAAUCGAGAAAAAAAUAAAUUAACGGUUAAAAAAAAUACACGAUACGACAAUAGCUUUCCUAAUAUUCUACAACCUCAAUAAUAUUCCGUUGAUAAUAACGAAAGAAAAUUUUAAACUGAUUUUGUGUUUGUUAUCAUAAAAUAACGAAAAUAAUAACAAAGUUACACCAGCUAUUCGACUAAACAGCAUCAUUGAAUUCAAGCGAAAAUCAACAAAUACUCGUAAAAUUCGCAUUAUCGAGGCAAAACGCGAACAGUAUAAAUUCACCUUUCUCUCUGGUAAAACAAUAAAUUUGAGAUCAAUUUAAAUGCUUGAAAGAAGCCACUUUCAAGCUAAGCGCUUAGCAAUCGCACAUGUGUCGGCUACAUUUUAGAACAAGAAACAGUCCCUCACAAAAAACAUCCUUGCGUUGGGGAGAUAGCUGUUUCAUCAGUACCAAUACCACCAAUAUCAACAUCAUUCAUUGAUGGUUUUUCUUCUGCCAGAGACCGUGAAUUGUGAGUGUUGUUGUGUUAGCGUGUAAUCAUCCAUUCAACGAAGUUCGAUCAAAUGCGAACGCAAUCUUGCUCAGUUGCGGCGAUAACAACAUCAACUACAUCAUUUCUCCAGGAGCAGAUCAUUGCCUAGAUACAAGAACAAGGGAGAGAAUCGAGAACAUCUCUGGAACGUUGCAUGAUCUAAACAUUACAAGAAUAUCCUUCCGAUUAUUUAUGGUUGAACACUGAUUUUCUAUUCCACUGAACGAAUUGCUUAAGAACGAUCAGUCAAUUGAUACGUCGAACAUCGAUAACAAUUUUACACCUUUUGGAACGAAUCACAUUUACAAAUGCCUAUUUCCAUUUGAUGAAAACAACAAGUGUACAGUGUUGAUAUUUAUCAUUCGCGAGGUGAUUAAUUUCGAGAAAACUUAUUCAAAACCUAGUAAAUAUCAAAAAUAGAACUCUAUUUCUCUAUCUAUCUGACAUCCAACAUGUAAUAAAAACGAAGAAAAAAACACCAUAAAAAAAAGAAUUUUGAACUAAUCAUAAAAAUGAAAAUGGUUUAGAGAAAGAGAGAGAGAGAGAGAAAAAAGGAUUUUCGCUUUGGAAUUCAAUCAAAAAAUCAUCCAACCAUAUUACUAUUAACUCCCGACUAUCGGCAGUGUGUAUAGCUUUUCAAUAUCGAUUCGGUUUCGGACGAUCGCAAUAAUAGAGUGUCACGAUACGUUGGUUUUUCACCCCAUCGAUUUCGUGGCGGUACAUCAAUUCGUAGAGAACCUAUAACAAAUUAGUGUUUUUAAAAUCAGAGAAGCUUCACCAAACUGCCGUAAACAUGAUUAAUUUAGCUGGCGUCGUGAGUAUCGUCCUAUUUUAUCUACUUAUUUUGGCUGUUGGAAUAUGGGCUGGUCGAAAAAAGGAAGAAGGAAAUGAUUCGGAGGAAGAGGUUAUGUUGGCUGGUCGUUCGAUCGGUUUGUUUGUCGGCAUCUUCACCAUGACAGCAACUUGGGUCGGUGGUGGUUAUAUCAACGGUACGGCUGAGGCAAUUUAUACGUCUGGCUUGGUUUGGUGUCAAGCACCAUUCGGUUAUGCAUUGAGCUUGGUCUUUGGUGGCAUAUUCUUUGCAAAUCCGAUGCGAAAACAAGGUUACAUCACGAUGUUGGAUCCAUUACAGGAUUUAUUCGGCGAACGAAUGGGCGGUUUGCUAUUUUUGCCAGCGCUAUGCGGUGAAGUAUUUUGGGCGGCUGGUAUUUUAGCGGCACUGGGUGCUACACUUGCUGUUAUUAUCGACAUGGAUCAUCAUACGUCGGUCAUUUUAUCGGCAAUGAUUGCCGUAUUCUAUACGCUGUUCGGUGGCUUGUAUUCCGUUGCCUAUACCGAUGUCAUUCAAUUGUUCUGUAUAUUUGUGGGUCUGUGGAUGUGCAUUCCAUUUGCAUGGGCCAAUGAUCAUGUCAAAAGUUUGAGUUCCAUGGAGGUCGAUUGGAUUGGCGAAGUUGAUCCGAAAGAGCAGUGGUUUUAUAUUGACUAUGGUUUGUUGCUCAUUUUUGGUGGCAUCCCAUGGCAAGUGUAUUUCCAACGGGUGCUAUCGAGUAAAACUGCCGGACGAGCUCAACUCCUAUCGUAUGUUGCCGCAUUUGGUUGUAUUCUAAUGGCCAUCCCACCGGUUAUGAUUGGAGCUAUUGCUAAAGCAACACCAUGGAAUGAGACGGAUUACCCGGGUCCUUAUCCACUGACGGCCGAUGAAACGAGCAUGAUUUUGCCAAUGGUUCUGCAAUAUCUAACACCAGACUUUGUGUCAUUCUUUGGAUUGGGCGCUGUUUCGGCGGCUGUCAUGUCAUCGGCCGAUUCAUCGGUGCUUUCAGCCGCUUCGAUGUUCGCGCGCAACGUCUAUCGUCUCAUUUUCCGACAAAAUGCAUCCGAAAUGGAAAUUAUCUGGGUUAUGCGAAUUGGAAUUUGUGUUGUAGGCGUUUUAGCUACCGUCAUGGCGUUAACGAUCCCAUCAAUUUACGGACUAUGGUCUAUGUGCUCUGAUUUAGUUUACUGCAUCCUAUUCCCACAGCUGUUGAUGGUUGUUCAUUUCAAACACCAUUGUAACACGUACGGUAGUUUGGCAGCGUAUAUAGUUGGCUUUGCGGUGCGAUUAUCCGGUGGCGAAGCAUUGAUCGGUUUGCCAGCUCUCAUUCACUUUCCCGGCUACGAAGAAGAGACCCAACGUCAACUGUUUCCAUUCCGAACGAUGGCUAUGCUGUUGAGUUUGAUUACGCUGUGGGGUGUUUCGGAAUACACGAAAUUCAUGUUCGAAACUGGUCGUUUGGCACCACAAUACGAUUACUUCAGGUGUGUGGUGAAUAUUCCGGACGAUGCAAUUCGUGUUGGUGAUCCAUCUGAAGUUGGCGAACAGAUGCACGUUAUGGCUGGUCCAAUGUCAAAGAUCUGCAAUUACGCAACAAUGGCCGGAAAAGAUGAGAUGAAUGGACGCAUCAAUCCGGCCAUGGAAAUCGAUGAUGAUUUACCAGCUGCCGAAGCGGAACGCAAUCGAAAAAUCGUUGAAGAUGUGAAAAAGAGAGUUGCCGCAUUGCCACCGACUACAGAAGGAAACACAAACUUCUAAAGAGCUUUCGUUUACAUACCCCCAAAACAAUUUAUUCUAUCGAUUUUCGAAGUUUCCAAACCCGAAAUAAACAUAUCAUGUAUCAGCUCUUUUGAUUUUGUAGCAAUAACGGAUCCAUAUAUACUCAAUAGAACACAUCUAAAUCACACUCAGGUUCAAAUUGAUUAUCACAUCAAAUCAUAUAUAGUCAAAUGAAAUGAAGAAAUUUAGCGAAAAGAAAAAAAAUACAAAGAAUCAGUUCAAAACGAACGAAUACAACGGGAAGUGGGGCAAUAGUCGAAUUCAACUUGAGACUCAUUGCCUGUGUAUACAUAGGGAAGAGAGAAACACACACAAACAUAGAGAAAUACUCACCUAAGCCGUUAUCAAAUUCUAUUGAGUUCAUCUCCGACAUCGAAGUUGACAGAUUUCAGUUUUUUUAUUUGUUUGUUUUUUUUUUGUUUUAAAACUGGAAAAAAAAAUCUAAUGUUUAAGAAAAAAAAUGAAACUGUUUUGAAUUAAAUAUAUGUAACAUGUGUUUCACAAAUGAAAAUAAUAAUAUUUACAAAUGAAAUGAGGGAAGAAAAAAUGGAAAUCUGCAAUUAUUUUUAAAUCUAGUGAUAGACAAAGAAAAAUCUAAUCGAAUACAUAUCAUUUUGAUGCAACGGAAACAAAUACAUAUCAAAGCAUACUAUUUUAAAUGUACAAAGAACAAUACAAAAAUAAAGAAGAGAAGAAAUAAAAAGGAUCGGUGGCUGAAAAGGACACAUUCAUCUUCUUAUGAAGUAAAAAUGGAUCGAAUGAAUUUUAUUUUUAGAGAAAACGCAUAAAGCCGUUUAUCAAAUCUAUUACAAAACAAUUGAUAUUUUUUUAAAAAUAAUACUCUUUGGUUUUCUCCUUCUGUUCAAUUUGAGUUUUAAAGCAAGACAAAGCAAAAAAAAAACAAUAAAACCACUGCUCGGAAUAAGUAUGGAAAGAGGUGCUUUAUGUAGAUGAUUUAACGAAAUGUAGGAUGCAAAUUGAUUUGAGUCUGUAGUACUUACCAACAGCAGUGGCUCUACUAAGUUGUUAUUGUAAUUUUUAGUCAUUUAAACAAAUAAAUAAUAAUAAUAUAAAACAAAAUUUGAUGAGAAUAAACAAAAAGAAACACAUAUCGAAUAAAAUCCAUUAAAAGAACACAAUGAUCAACUAAAACAACAACAAAAUGAAACGUACAAAUAAGGUAUAGUGAACAUAUUUUGCAAAAAAGAAAUAACUACAAAAAAAAUACACCCACACAUACAAACACAUACAUACACAUGAAUAAGAUAAAAAUGGUAUAAUAAAGGUUUUAAUUUGUUUUUCGUAAAAACAUUCGAAUAAUAUAUCUUAUUAUUAAUUUGAGCGAAUUAAAGAUACAAUAAAAAAACAAACAAUUGAUGAUGUUAGCAAUGCAACAAAAAAGAAUAUGUAAACAACACACUAUUUAAAUGAAACAAAACAAGAACAAAAACAAAAACAUACCAUGUACGACACAUAAUGGACACCACGAAUGCUUGUCUAGAGAACUGAAUAUACUAGAAUUUUAGAUGCUGUUUAUUCAAUCACAAGAGAAAACUAAAUAAUUUCUAUAUAUAGGAAACCAAAAUUAAAAAACAACAACAACAACCAAAGACAGGAGGAAACACUUGUAUAAGUGAACACAAAACAAAUAAAUAAAAUGUAUUUACCUGUAUACAGCCAUUUGGAUCGUUUUUCAACAGAAUGAUCGCAAUUACAAGGAGUAUAUAUAUUAUUAUAUUAUAGCAUAACAAUUAUAAUUAUUUGUUAAUAAGAAUUAUGUGUAAAUGGUAUCUAUAUAUAUAUCUAUAUUUAAUGAAAAAAAAAAAACGAAAGUAAAUUUCAAAAUUAUUUCCAAUAUGACUGCGGUGCGUUCGAUUUUUGUUGUGAGUUUUCCUUUGACACUUCGUAUUCCUUGUGAAUGCUUGAGUUUAGAAAUGAGACACACCAACAAUCGAACGCUACGACAGUCAUUCGCGUCAACAUUUAAGAUAAACAUGACAAAUGCAUAUCAAAUUGUGUCCUUCCAAGCAAAUUCAUCAACAUUUAGUGAAGACGAAUAGAUAAGAGAGAAAUAUACCCAACAAAAGUCAAUAAAAAUAAAGAAAAGCACACAAAUACACACACAAGUAGGGUUUACAAACGUUUCGACAAAUACCGCAAACGGUGUUAUAAAAACGUUAUUUUUCUGUAGUGUUUUUUUUGACAGUCCAAAAUACCGCAGAAAUAACGAUAAAAAACGAAAAAAACGUUUUUUGGGCGGUAUAUAACGGCUCUGUAAAAAAACGUUUUUAAGAAACACUGAAAAAAAUAACGCGUUUUUAAACCCUACACACAAGUAGUGGAAAAAUGAUGCUGAAAACGUUAGGAAAUGAAUUGUUUGUGAUUAUUUAUCGCCAUUAAGUUCAAAAAUAGCAAUAUUCUGUGUUUGUAAAUGAGUAUGGAUGGAUGGAUAGGGAACGUGCGCGCGUUUGGCAAAUGUGUCCGAACAAAGUAUGCUUAAUCAAAAACCAAAAACAAGAAAAAAUCAUGGCGCAUGCACGUUGUUUAUUGUAUGUUGAAAAUAAAUGAUCUCAUAUUUUUCAUAGACCAGUCUCUCUCUCACACAGACACACAUACACAUACACACACACACACACUGCGAACGAAAUAUGCGUGACGGGUAUAUGUUGAGAGGAGUCUCAAUUAGAACAAAAUCAAAUAUGCUAGAGAGUAAUGUGUGCGAUGAAUUGGAAAUUGGCAAAUUUCGAUCGAAAGCGACUUGUUGUUAGCGUAGAUUUCCUUGCCAUCGUCACACCGUGCCCGGUUUUUUUUUUGUUUCUGUUGAUUCUACUUGAGAGGACAAUGUAAUGAAAAUAUAUAGAAGAAAAUUAUAUUUUUUUCUGCUUACGUCACAUGUAUACCAAUAUCGCCGUUUUUCUCUAUUUACUAGCGAAUUAUCAUUAUGUUUGGUUUUACGCUGUUAUUGACAAUUUCAAAGGGGUAACGGUACUUACCGAAUACAACCUUGAUAUGAUCGGCAUGGAAAAACAACAACUAUACAUACUAAAUUCCAUAUAGUGUUCGACCAUGCUCAUUCAAUGCUGAUAUUUAGCGAAUACCCAAAGUAAACAGCUCGUUGAUUCCCACAUUAAUUUGCAAAAUGAUCAAACUAAAAAUGAUUUAGACUAAGUCUAGUGUAAAAAAAAGACACACAACACAACAACAACAACUUAAUAUUCAGAAAAUAGUAAAUCAAUAAAAUCAAUAAAGUAAUUGAAGUGAACAUAAGUUUAUCAUUAUUUAACAAACAACAUAAACACCUAUAAAUGUGAGCAUAUUCGAAACAUAUCAUUAAUAAAUAAUUUAAUGUCAAAAAAGAGGAAAAAAUCUAAAGUGAGAAAAAACACACCUUUGAAAAAAAAGAAGACAUGUCAAAUAAAACAGACACAACCAAAAAAAAAUACUCCCAAAAUACAAAUUAUUAUAUGAAUGUUAAAUUAUGUUUAAAAAACCCUCUAUUGAACAAAAAAAAAAGUGACUCCGUUUAACCUAAAUAAGAUGUAAACAGAUAAAAACAAAAUCCUUGUAACAUUUUUUCCCCCGGAAACUCUAUCAAAAUGUGGUUUGUUAUCAAUUCUAUCUUUGGGUUUAAGAGAUAGAAUCGACUACGAAUUAUAGUUUUCGCCUAAGGCCAUGAUAGAUUAAUAUAUUCAAACAAUUUUAAAGAAGAAAAAAAAACAAUUAAAUUUAUUUGUCUUGUUGUUAAAGUUGCUUUAAUCGGCACACAUUACUCACGUUACUUCUACCCGUUGAGAUGUAAAUUGGCCGUACAUUCUUCUUCUUAUAGUCUAUAUUUUGGUCGACAUUAAAAUGAGAUCAUCUUCUAGAUGUCUUCUAUCAAAUCCAUUGAAGAAAAAAAAUUAGAAUCAACAUUGCACACUUUGAUGUAUUUAGUACAUCGAAUGAUACUACACGCAAUGGAUCUCUACUGAAACAAAAAGCAUAGCAAAGUCAUACAUAUCGCUCAAUUUCAAAAGCAAACAAUUUUUUGGGUUUUCACAAAUUAAUCGAAAUUAGUUUUUUGGUUGAGACUUUGUGUCGCACAAUUCGGCGUUUCUUGAGCGAAAUUAAUCGUUAUUCGUCUUAUCUACAACCCAUUUUCAGCUAAUCACCACCAACACCACUACCAUCCACAUUUUGUACACAAUUUACAUCUUGGCUCGUAGAAGACAACCCCAUAAUUAUUGUGAUAUUAAUUUAUUGUAUACAGACAACUACGUAUGGCAAAAUACUAAUGUAUGUGUGUCUCUAUUUCUGGCAAAUCGAUGGGUAUCCUCGGCCUCCCCCUGACUCAACGAAAACGACCACAACAAGCACACCAAACAAUCGAAGAAAAAAAAAUCAUUUGAAUUUACAACACAUUGCCAAAUGAAAAAGACAUCAAAGCGAUUAAACACCCACACUGGUUACACGAAAUUGUUGUUACGGGGACAACGAAAGAAACAUUGCUUUUAUUUGCUUCGAAUAUUCAUGAUAACAAAACCAAACAAUUUCAAACUCAUCAACAAUGAAAAACCAAAAGAAAAAAGGCCGAAGCAAAAGAAUGGAGAGAACAAAAAUAGAAACAAAUGUUAUCGAAUUCAAUUUAAUCUGAUAUAUUAUAAAUGGAUUAUGUUGGAGAGAGAACAGAGAGCAAACACACACGAUUUGCCCCCGAAAUCAAUUACAAUUACAAUAUCUAUUAUAAAUAUUACAAUGUUUAUGAAUGUAUUCAAUGGAAAAAUAUAUUGUUUACAUAUAAAAUAUUAUUUAAAUGUU